GCACACUUCUUUACCUUGGAGCCUCUCCCACCUCUCCCUCCCUUUUCCUCCCCCUUCCUCCCUCCCCCACCCUCUGAUCACCCCACUUCUUCCCCUCCCCUCACACUUCCCUCCCUCCCUUCUCUCCUCCCCUCCCCACUGCGCCUCCCCCCCUCCUGGCCUUCCCUUCCCCCACUUCGCAGACCUCUCUUCGCCCGGGGCCUCCCUCCUCCUCUCCGCCCCCUACGGGCUCCGGCAGUCCCUGGAGGCUACGACUGCGAGUGGAGCCACUGGCCCCGCCGGGAUCCCCGCGCCCUCGGCCGCCGCGUCCACGUCCCCUGGCGCCCCUGCCCGGCGCCGCGCGCCUCCUCCGGGCUCGGCCUCCCUCCGCGCGGGGCAGCGCAGCCUCAGGCCGCGGGACAAGCCCUACUUAAAUCUCUGCAAUGGCUAACGAAGCUUAUCCUUGUCCGUGUGACAUUGGCCACAGACUUGAGUAUGGAGGGAUGGGCCAUGAAGUUCAAGUCGAGCACAUCAAGGCAUAUGUCACCAAAUCCCCUGUUGAUGCAGGCAAAGCUGUGAUUGUCAUUCAAGAUAUAUUUGGCUGGCAGUUGCCCAAUACCAGAUAUAUGGCUGACCUGAUCUCAGGAAAUGGAUACACAACCAUUGUACCAGACUUCUUUGUAGGGCAAGAGCCUUGGGAUCCCUCUGGCGACUGGUCCAUCUUCCCUGAGUGGCUGAAAACGAGAAAUGCCCGGAAGAUCGAUAGAGAGAUCAAUGCUGUCUUGAAGUAUCUGAAACAACAGUGUCACGCCCAGAAAAUUGGCCUCGUGGGAUUCUGCUGGGGUGGAACUGCUGUCCAUCAUUUGAUGAUGAAAUACUCAGAAUUCAGGGCAGGGGUGUCCGUCUAUGGCAUCGUCAAGGAUUCUGAAGACAUUUACAAUUUAAAGAACCCCACCUUGUUCAUUUUUGCUGAAAAUGAUGCUGUGAUUCCACUGGAGAAUGUAUCCCUGCUGACCCAGAAGCUGAAAGAACACUGCAAAGUUGAAUAUCAAAUUAAGACAUUUUCCGGGCAGACUCACGGGUUCGUGCAUCGGAAGAGAGAAGACUGUUCACCUGCAGACAAGCCCUACAUUGACGAGGCCAGAAGGAAUUUAAUCGAGUGGCUGAACAAGUACAUGUAGCAAGAAUCAAGGGCAAGCUUUCCCCGAAGAGCUUUCUUCCCAACUUUGCUUGGAAAUACUUUAGAUCAAUCGAUUUUAUUUUCACCUUUAUAAAAUAAAUAUAGGAAUCCUAAAAUUCAUUAUGUCAUCUGAAACACAAAUUCGUUAGGAAAUAAUGCAUGAAAUAAUUUAAUUUUUAACAUGUACAUAAAAUCAAAAUUUAAAACCAAGGUCUGGCUGGGCGCAGUGACUUCAUGCCUGUAAUCCCAACACUGGGAGGCCAAAGCAGGUGGAUUACCUGAGGUCAGGAGUUCGAUACCAGCCUGGCUAACAUAGCGAGACCCCCUCGCCAUCUCUACAAAAAAA